CGGCAUCAGUUGCUUCUUGCUUGCCACCGAGAUGAGCGCAAUAAAGCCCGCCCUGCUGCUCUGCCUGAUCCUCACCAUCGGUCUGUUCCUUGGUCAAGGUCGGGCGAAUCCCGUGGAGACGAAUGUUCCCGAUAUUCCCGCACCCGAUGCCAACGAACUGGGCAUCGAUUUCGGAGAGGAGGAAGAUGCCACCGACAAGCCACUGGGCAUAUUCACGAUCAAGGUGCGCCACAUUCAGCCGGACCCCGCCCACUGCGCCCAGCUCUCGCCACAUCACCCACACCACCCCCAGUGCCACAGCUACUGCAAACGCCAAGGUCACUGGGUGGGCCAGUGCAAGAAGGACAUCUGUCAGUGCUUUUCCUAGGUCUACUUCGACUGUAAGCCAAAACAGCGUUUUUUUUUUUCUUUUGUUGAGUGCAGCACAACUAUAUGACGAAAUAUGUGCAAAUAUGUUUAUCUACCAACUAGUAUAUAUAUUAAAACUGGCAAUGAACAAUGAAAGCGAAUCAAAAUUGCUCAAAUCAUACACAUAAUAUGUAGUCUUUGACCUUCUAACAUGCACUGAAUAGAAAAAGCAGAACCUUAAUAAAUCUUCAAGUUAAAUUC